AUGAGUACACCGAACAAGCGGCGCAAAAAGAACGAUUACCAGGCCUCUCCGUCAAAUGGCCGGAAUCUGGACUAUUUCUUCGGCAAACAGAGGGGAAAGGAAGCCAACGUCGAGAACCUAUCGCAGAGGAAUGUACCACAGAAUGAAGCUCUGGACGGUGUAGAUGCUGAAGAUACUGAGUUGACCGAUGAGCAGCUCGCACGUAAAUUGCAAGCCGAAUGGGAUGAGCAAGAUCGAGCUGAGCGGCCAGGAGGUGGCGAGAACUUCGAGAACGCGAAUGGCGAGCCAGACACUGCCACCACCAAGGAACCUCCGGACAAGGCAGGCGACACGAUUGUGGAUGCUGGGACUCCUCAAGAUGCACCAGGUCCUCAGGAGCGGGAGCAGCCAGCAAAUGCUUUCUCUGCCUCGGGUAAGAAGACGACUCUAUCACUACAGUCCGCCACGGCCGACGAAGACACGACCUCGCAUCACAUACCCUUUGACGAGUCCCCGUUGACCUUCGACCCGCAAAAGUACAUCCCAGACCUCGAGCAGCAAUGGGCGGCAGAAGGAGGAGCUGCUACCUACGCCAUCCUCACCCAUUGUUUCGUCCUUGUCAACAGUACCCAGUCUCGUAUCAAGAUCGUUGAUACCCUGGUCAACUUCAUCCGAACAAUCAUCGAAGGCGAUCCCGAGUCAUUGUUACCUGCAGUAUGGCUUGCGACCAAUUCCAUUUCACCACCAUAUAUCGACAUUGAGCUUGGCCUGGGUGGCUCUGCCAUCUCCAAAGCCUUGAAGAUGGUCUGCGGUCUUGAUAAUGCUUCGCUCAAGACGCUGUACAACAAGCAUGGCGAUGCUGGCGAUGUCGCCUUCGAAGCGAAGAAGCGACAGAGCUUGACAUUGCGGAAGCCGAAGCCACUGACGAUCAAAGGCGUGUUCGACGGUCUGCUCAAAAUAGCCAACGCGAAAGGUCAUGGCUCCCAGGAGGUGAAGCAGCGCAUAGUUGAGCGACUAGUCCAGGACGCCAGAGGAGCGGAGGAGAGCAGAUACAUUGUUCGUACUUUGGUCCAGCAUUUACGGAUCGGUGCAGUCAAGACGACCAUGUUGAUCGCUUUGUCCCGCGCUUUCUUGCUUUCCUGCCCAACGGGCGCUGAGUUUCAAACGCGAUCACGGAGCGAACUAUCGAAGCUGAGCAAGCAGGAGCUGGCCGAAGUGUAUUCUCAUGGCGAGGAAUUGGUCAAAGCGAGCUUCGCAAGACGACCCAACUACAACGACCUAGUGCCGACACUUCUCGAAAUCGGUAUAUCUGAUGAGCUUCUCCUGCGAUGUGGCUUGGCCAUGCACAUUCCGCUUCGGCCAAUGCUGGGAGGCAUUACAAGAGACCUCGGAGAGAUGCUCACGAAGCUGGAGGGAAGAGACUUUGGCUGCGAGUUCAAGUACGACGGGCAGAGGGCACAAGUACACUGUGACGAUAAAGGCAAAGUUACUAUCUUCUCAAGACACCUGGAAGUCAUGACCGAGAAGUAUCCAGAUCUUGUAGCCUUGGUGCCGCAGAUUCGUGGCGAAGGGGUCAGCAGCUUUAUCCUGGAGGGCGAAGUGGUUGCUGUGGACCGCGAGUCGGGCGAGCUGAAGUCGUUCCAAAUUUUGGCCAACAGAGCAAGGAAGGAUGUCGUGAUACAGAGCGUCAAAGUGGACGUGUGUUUGUUUGCCUUCGAUCUCAUGUACCUCAACGGCGAAGAGCUGCUCGACAGGUCGUUUCGGGAGCGGCGAAGUCUUCUGCGCAGCCUGUUUGUUGAGAUACCACAGCAUUUCACUUGGGUCAAGAGCAUCGACGCAACAUCUGCCGACUUUGAGACGGUCAGUGACUUCUUCAAGCAAGCCACCGACAUCAAGUGCGAAGGAAUCAUGGUCAAAGUCCUCGAUAACCUGCCCAACCCUGAGCUACAGGCCGAGCAGGACAUCGAAGACGCAGCCGAUGACGAGAAUGCGCCAGCAGAACCGCCACCGCCGCCGCCCUCGAAGACCAAGAGAAAGGCUACCAAGUCCAAAUCUACCAAAUCGUCAAACGCCACAGACACCGCCGAAAAGAAGCCAACCCGCCGCAAAGCCCUCCUCUCCACCUAUGAACCCGACAAACGCCUCGACUCCUGGCUCAAAGUCAAGAAGGACUACAACACUAGCACAGCAGACACCAUCGACCUCAUCCCCGUUGGCGGCUGGCACGGCCAAGGCCGCAAAAACGCUUGGUGGUCACCGAUUCUGCUCGCCUGCCGCAACCCCGAGUCCGGCACCCUCGAGGUCGUUACAAAGUGCAUCUCCGGCUUCACCGACGCCUUCUACAAAGCCAACAAAGAGAAGUACUCUGAAGACGGCGAGAACACCAUCUCGAGGCCAAACUAUGUGGACUAUGCCGGCGAGCCGGACGUCUGGUUCGAGCCGCAGGAGGUGUGGGAGAUGGCGUUUGCGGACAUCACGUUGAGCCCGACGUACACGGCGGCGAUUGGGCUGGUGAGGGAGGAUAAAUCGAUUGAGGAGGCGAGUACGAGUGACUUCCUGGCUGGGCUCUAUCAGAAGCAGGAGGUUCGGCAGCCUGGAGAGAGUAAGGCGGAGGAGGGGAUGGAGGAGUAG